UGGAAUGCACUGCCUCAUGUGCUAUCCCCACAGGCCCUUGUGCACGGUCCCUGCCCAGCCUGCCUGUAGGUGCCCUUGAGAAGUUGAGAUGCAGGCUGCAAGGAGAGCCCAGAGCUGCUUUUGUGCAGGCUGAGGAGCUGCAGCACCCUCAGCCUGUGUUUGUAGGAGAGGUGCUGGUGGUGAGUCAGAGCCAGCCCCGCCCUGUGCUGGCCUUUGUUGCCCCUGUCUGUGCCAGCCUGAGAAAGUUAUUAUGCUCCACAGUGUCGGAGGUGUGCAGGCAGAGCUCCUGGAGUGCUUUCUGAGCAGGCUGAGAUCUUGUCUCCAUCUGAGAAGUCAAAUGCUGUGUGCAGUGCCUGUGCUGUCUGUGCUGCAGUGGCUUUGUGCUGAGCUUUCCAGUGCUGAGCAUCUCUCUUCUGAGUCUUGCUGUGUGCAGCUGGGAGCUGAGGGCAGUUGAAUGGAGGCAGGAGGGAUAGUCCUGAGCACUGGGGCAAGAGGGAGCUGCUGCAAGCUGCUGAGGGGUGUGAGCUGCUCCCUUCUGCUGUAAUGGUAGCCACUGGUGUUGGAGAAUCAUAGAAUCAAUCAGGUUGGAAGAGGCCCCCAAGAUCAUUCAGUCCAUCCUAUCCCCCAGCCCUAUCCACUCAACUCGAUCAUGGCACUAAGUGCCUCAUCCAGUCUUUUCUUAAAUACCUCCAGGGAUGGUGCCUCCACCACCUCCCUGGGCAGCCCAUUCCAAUGGCAAAUCACUCUCUCUGUGAAGAACUUCCUCCUAACAUCCAGCUGAGACUUCCUCCAGCACAACUAGAGACUGUGUCCCCUUGUUCUGUUGCUGGUUGUCUGGGAGAAGAGACCAACCCCCACCUGGCUACAACCUCCCUUCAGAAGGAUCCAGACAAGAGCUGGGAGGAGAAGCAGAACCCAGAGAGUAAGAUGGAGCAGGCCAAGUGCAGCCUGAAGAAAGAGGAAGAGAAAGAUUUCAAGACAGAGGAUGACAAUGAGGGGAAUGAUGACUGUGAUGAUGCUGAGCAUGAGGAUGAUGUUCAGGGUGAAAAUGAGCAAGAUGAAAAGGAGGAAUAUGAGGCGGAGGAUGGGUUGAUGUUAGCCCCCUCUGUGCCAGUCAAGCAGCUGCUUCAGUGCUCUGAGUGUGGGCAGAGCUUCAAACGGCGCUGCAGGUUGAUUGAACACCGCCGAAGCCACACGGGCGAGAAACCCUUCAGCUGUGCUGACUGUGGCAAGAGAUUCACACUGACCUCAGAUCUCACUGUGCACCGCCGAAUCCACACCGGCGAGAAGCCCUUCAGCUGUGGUGACUGUGGCAAGAGCUUCACACAGCGCUCACACCUCAUUGUCCACCACCGAAUCCACACCGGUGAGAAGCCCUUCAGCUGUCGAGAGUGUGGCAAGAGGUUCACAGAGCACUCUAAGCUCAUUGCCCACCACCGAAUCCACACCGGUGAGAAACCUUUCAGCUGUGCUGACUGUGGUAAGAACUUCGCUCAGCGCUCGCACCUCGUUAGUCACCACCGAAUCCACACUGGUGAGAAACCCUUCAGCUGUGCUGACUGCAGCAAGAGAUUCACAGAUUAUUCCAGCCUAAUUAAACACCACCGAAUCCACACAGGCGAGAAGCCCUUCAGCUGUGCUGACUGUGGCAAGAGAUUCACAGUGCGUUCCAGUCUCACUAAGCACCACCGAACCCAUACGGGCGAGAAGCCCUUCAGCUGUACUGACUGUGACAAAAGGUUCACACAACUCUCACACCUUCUUGCCCACUACCGAAUACACACAGGCGAGAAGCCCUUCAGCUGUGCUGUCUGCGGUGACAGCUUCACUCAGAAGUCUGCCCUUACCCAGCACAGCCAUGUGCACACCACUGAGAAGUCCUUCAGCUGUGAGGACUGUGGAAAGAGCUUCAAACACAACUCUACUCUGACCAUCCACCACCGUACCCACACCAGAGAGCACCUGUACCCCUGUGCAGAGUGUGGCAAGAGCUUCACCACCAGCUCAGGGUUCAUCCAGCACAGACUCAUCCACAGCGGCGAGAAACCCUACAGCUGCAGGGACUGCGGCAAGAGGUUCACCCAGCGCUCGUCCCUCGCCCAGCACCGUCGUGUCCACAGCGGUGAGAAGCCUUUCACCUGCUCUGACUGCGGCAAGAGCUUCACCCAAAGCAGCAAUCUCACUUCCCACCGCCGCACCCACACCGGUGAGAAGCCCUUCACCUGCUCUGACUGCGGCAAGAGCUUCACCAGCAGAGGCACUCUCACUUCCCACCGCUGUACCCACACUGGUGACCAACCCACGCUGCAGGGCAAGCACAAAUAGACUCACCCCAGCAAAUGGUGACCCCGACGUGAUAUCGGUGCUUAUCGCCCGGGAUAUGAGGACGACAGCCCCGAGCCUCUGGGAACUGAAAGCUGCUGAAAGGAAGCAGAUUGCAGGCCUGCACUCCAUCACCUCCUCGAGAUUGGUAGGUGAGCUCAGAGGGACUUCAACAUGGGGAAUCAAACCUCACAUGAAGAAAGGGAGGUUUAUAAGCUCAUGAAAGAAUUUGUGUAUGGACAUAAGAAAGAGAUAUCUGGUUACCAGCUGGAAUUACUCAUGAGAUGGGUCAAGGAUAAAUUCCCUGACACUACAGAAAUUAUGGUUCUUGAGUCAGAACUUUGGGACAAAGCAGGGGUCUGCUUGUGGGAUCUUUCUACAAAUGGUGAUUCAGAAGCACAGUGCUUGCUUGCACCAUGGUGAAAAUUAUGGUUCUUGAGUCAGAACUAUGGGACAAAGCAGGGGUCUGCUUGUGGGAUCUUUCUACAAAUGGUGAUUCAGAAGCACAGUGCUUGCUUGCACCGUGGUGAAAAUUACAGUUUUUGAGUCAGAACUUUGGGACAAAGCAGGGGUCUGCUUGUGGGAUCUUUCUACAAAUGGUGAUUCAGAAGCACAGUGCUUGCUUGCACCAUGGUGAAAAUUAUGGUUCUUGAGUCAGA